GCAGAAUACGGAGCAGUUGAAAUGCCUUCACCCGUGGUUACCGUGGCUGGUGUUGUCGGACCAACGGCGACAACGCCACCAACUCCGCGCUCGAUUGCUGAGAAUAAACGAGAUCUGUGCACCCGUGAGUGGUAUUGGGGUGAUGUGACCCAGGCCGAGGUUCGUGAAAUCAUGGAUGGUCUUGCCGAUGGAUAUUUUCUUGUUCGAGACGCUUCCUCUCGAUCUGCCGGUGCAUUCACAUUGGCGGUUCGAUGGCACGGUGAGAAUAAACUCAAUCGGAUCUAUCACCGGGGUGAUUACUUUGGCGUUGUCGACCCGCCAGCCCCAGUGUUUCGUCUCGUUUCAGAACUGAUCGACUACUAUCGAACACACACUCCAAAACCAGGUGAACACAUGGGUAUGCAGCUGUUAUGGCCAAUCUCACAUCGACACCAUCAACCUUUACGCAUCCCAUCCCAUUCGUCCUGUCGCCUAUCCGCACCGGCUAGUCCCACGGGCACAGUAUCGGCCACGGAUGAUGAGGAUCGCAGUACUGGGGAACGAUCAUCAUUUCUCGAUUCCACAGUCUCCCUCACAUCCAGUCCUGCGGGUGUCCCGAUACCGAAAAAGCAACUGUUUGCCGAACUGUUUCGUACUGGGGCUAAACUGGCUGAAGUGGAUUCACGAUUCAAAAAGCUUAUGGAUGCAAUGAGCAAAGCGGUUGCAGCGAAAGAGGAGGCAACCAAUUUGCUGAAAGGUGCGCAGAAACUUCGGGAAUGGCUGAUAUCACAACUUUUGCGUCUAAGUGAAUAUGCUGUUCCUCAAGAUGAUACCAGUCCGGAGCAAUUGCCUCUUCCUGGUCUUAAUCCACCUCAACCCGUCCGAACCCGGAGCACCUCUUCCGAUAUUGGAAAUCGUUCAGCCUGGUUCCUACAGUCUAUCACACGAGAGCAGGUGGAAGAACUGUUGGCAUCAAAACCUCCCGGGACGUUCCUAAUUCGUCAUGCGACAGACGGACGCCGAUUGGCCCUAGGUGUUCGCUUGAAAACCUCCAUUCAACACUGUCUCAUCUUCCAUGAGAACGGCAAAUACGGUUUCGUCAAAUCAUCUUGCUCGUUUGACAGUCUGGAAGACUUGGUACGGUACUAUCAUACAAACAGUUUGAGUCAGCACAAUUCUAUGCUAACUACAACCCUUCGCUACCCCGUCAAUUCCACCUAA